ACGAAGAAGAAGAAGAAGUUGUGCGGCAUGCUUCUUCAUCAAGAAACACGCAUUAAAGUGUUGCCAGCAAGCAGGAGUAACUCCAGACGAAUCUACAGAGAUCUGUGUACUGUUAUAACAAUGGAGUUCAUUAAAGAGGAAAGUGAAGACUUGAGUUAUUCAGAGCCCUGCAGAGUGAAAGAUGAAGGUACUGAGGAACUGAGAGAUUUGAUGAAGGUGAAAGAAGAAAAUGAAAAACUGAAUGACUUUGACGAGAAGCACCACGACUAUCAGAAUUCCUCUGAUUUCAAUUCUGAAGAAAAACCUUUUAGUUGCUCACAGAGUAAUGAGCAUUUGAAUCAAGAGCCUUCAUUCACCUGCCCUGAAUCUGGAAGGAGUUUCACUCAAAAACAACAUCUGACCAGACACAUGAGAGCUCACACUGCAGAGAAGCCGUUCACAUGUGUGGAGUGUGGAAAGAGUUUCACACACCACGAAAAGCUAAAUACGCACAUGAGAAUCCACACCGGAGAGAAGCCAUUCACAUGUCCUCAGUGCGGAAAGAGAUUCUCGCAGAAAUCAAACCUGAACACUCAUUUGAGGAUUCACACUGGAGAAAAACCCUUCGCAUGUCAUCACUGCGGAAAGAGCUUCACAUGCAAAGGAAACCUUAAUAUGCAUGUGCGAAUUCACACCAGAGAGAAGCGGUUCACAUGCCCUCAGUGUGGACUGAGUUUCACUGAGAAAAAAGUCCUUAAGAAUCACAUACGAAUUCACACUGGAGAGAAACCCUUCACGUGUCUUCAGUGCGGAAAAAGCUUCACUCGGUCAGGAUCCCUGAAAGUACACGAGCGACUGCACACCGCAGCGAAGCCGUAUCACUGCGCUUCAUAUUUGAUGAAGGUGAAAGAAGAAAAUGAAAAACUGAAUGACUUUGACGAGAAGCACCACGACUAUCAGAAUUCCUCUGAUUUCAAUUCUGAAGAAAAACCUUUUAGUUGCUCACAGAGUGAUAAGCAUUUCAUCACCUGCCCUGAAUGUGGAAAGAGUUUCACACACCACGAAAGGCUAAAUACGCACAUGAGAAUCCACACCGGAGAGAAGCCAUUCACAUGUCCUCAGUGCGGAAAGAGAUUCUCGCAGAAAUCAAACCUGAACACUCAUUUGAGGAUUCACACUGGAGAAAAACCCUUCGCAUGUCAUCACUGCGGAAAGAGCUUCACAUGCAAAGGAAACCUUAAUAUGCAUGUGCGAAUUCACACCAGAGAGAAGCGGUUCACAUGCCCUCAGUGUGGACUGAGUUUCACUGAGAAAAAAGUCCUUAAGAAUCACAUACGAAUUCACACUGGAGAGAAACCCUUCACGUGUCUUCAGUGCGGAAAAAGCUUCACUCGGUCAGGAUCCCUGAAAGUACACGAGCGACUGCACACCGCAGCGAAGCCGUAUCACUGCGCUUCAUAUUUGAUGAAGGUGAAAGAAGAAAAUGAAAAACUGAAUGACUUUGACGAGAAGCACCACGACUAUCAGAAUUCCUCUGAUUUCAAUUCUGAAGAAAAACCUUUUAGUUGCUCACAGAGUGAUAAGCAUUUCAUCACCUGCCCUGAAUGUGGAAAGAGUUUCACACACCACGAAAGGCUAAAUACGCACAUGAGAAUCCACACCGGAGAGAAGCCAUUCACGUGUCCUCAGUGCGGAAAGAGAUUCUCGCAGAAAUCAAACCUGAACACUCAUUUGAGGAUUCACACUGGAGAAAAACCCUUCGCAUGUCAUCACUGCGGAAAGAGCUUCACAUGCAAACGAAACCUUAAUAUGCAUGUGCGAAUUCACACCAGAGAGAAGCGGUUCACAUGCCCUCAGUGUGGACUGAGUUUCACUGAGAAAAAAGUCCUUAAGAAUCACAUACGAAUUCACACUGGAGAGAAACCCUUCACGUGUCUUCAGUGCGGAAAGAGUUUCACACGGAAAUGCAACCUGAUGAUUCACAUGAAUAUUCACACUCGAGAAAAACUCUACAAGAGCUUCACUCGGUCAGGAUCCCUGAAAACACACGAGCGACUGCACACCGCAGCGAAGCCGUAUCACUGCGCUUCAUGUAGGAGGAGAUUCAGUUCAUCAAGAAAUCUGCAGAUUCAUAGAAAAACAUGCUGCUCACUGGCCAAAGAAAUGGACACUAGGUAAAUGGUACAAAAGCCAAAAGUGGAGUUCUUCCCAAAGGACAUGUUGAGGGGCAGUAACAAAGGAAACUGAGUGCUAAUCAAUAAAUAAAAAAGUAUGAUGUUAAGACAAUGAAAAUGUAAUAUAUUGUUCAGUCAUGAAACUCUAUAGAUGGUGCAGGCGACGGGUUGUUAAUGUAACCGAUGAUAUUCAGAGAGUUAAAUGACUUAGCACAAGCUGAUUGGUUCAUGCUGCAUAUGCAGC